AUGUCAUUUCUAGGACGACUUUCGCGUUUUCGACUACGCCGGAAUUUCUUGCAGCGUCUUGGCCUGUUCAGCUCGCGAGUUAUCGUGCUGCUGUUGAUCUUAGCUACUAUCAACCAGUUUUUUAAUGGCAUCAACAUCUACCGUGCCGAUGUAAAAUUUCAUGCAGUUAGAUCUGCUGCCCGAAGACUUAAGGACUUGCAUGACUAUAUAAAUCUUCGCCAGUGUUUCGCAUUGUUGGCGAAUGGGAAAGAUGCAGAAGGUGCAACCUGUGACUAUGCGCGCCUCGUGUUACCUCUUCCAAGCGUUGAAGAUAGGUUCACGCGGCAAGGAGUAUGUGCGGGCGGCUGUUUCUUUGCCACCAACGUUCGAGACGCCCAGCGCGUGAUGCCCAACUACAUGUAUCAUUUGAUACUUACGUUGGGGUCUCUAAGCAGCCAUGACAACCCCAUAUUCGUGUCCAUCUACGAGAGCGGUAGCAAGGAUCGCACAUCGGAUUGGUUGCGAACCCUGGGCGAAGUAUUUGAUGCUUUGAGCAUUCCAAACCGCUUGGACCUGGGCGGAACAAUCCAGCGGGAGACUGGAGAGGAACGCAUCCACUUCCUGGCUCGGUUACGAUCAGCAGCAAUCGCAGCCUUGUACGGGCAAUGCGCCGCAAGGGGGUACUUCUGUCCACCGAGUGAAGGGCGAAACAACGCCAGUGGGCGCAUCAUCUUCUUAAACGACGUACUCUUCACUAGCACGGACAUAAUGCGGUUGCUGCAGUACCCUGCCGAUAUGGUUUGCGGCCUUGACAUGGGAAUGGCAGCUGAACCUGAUAUGACGGACCGAGAGCAUCAGGAGACGUUGGCGGCGUACUUGCAAGCGAAAUGGCUCCUGCCAAGUCGCUUUGCGGCCAGUUUAAGUCGGCUUGGCAAACUUCGCAAACACUGGCGCAAGUUUCAUAAGAAAUACGAACCCCACUUGCGGGAGUUUGGGCCACUCUUUUUCUACGACAAGUGGGUCGCUCGGGAUAUCUCUGGACGCAUGUUCACCAAUCGGGAGCCGUACGUGGCCUACCAGCCCAGCAUCGACCGUGUAGUUGCUGGUCGCCCAGUACGAGUCCAUUGUUGCUGGAACGGUCUAGCAGUCAUUAAUGCAGAACCUUUCGUACGUAAAGUUGUGGAUUUCCGAGAGCACCGAGAGAAUGAAUGUUCAGCUUCGGAAUGCAGUCUCCUCUGCGAUGACAUGUGGCGCUAUGGAUAUGAUGAUAUAAUUAUGGAUCCCAAUGUACGGGUUACAUACGAUGCGGCGGGCGUGAACAAGCUGUUUAAGGCGUUCACAACGUCUCUGCCGCUGGGGGCACCAGGAGUGGCCUAUGCACCCUUCAACCCUGCAGAUGUCCUCGAUGUUAUGUCUCUCCCCAAGCACGACGAUGUAACUCGGGAAGCCGGGGCCGUCGGGGGUCACUUUACGCGUGAAGUGGAUUGCUGCGACCUGAAGAAGGGUGCAGAUAUGGUAGAGUUCCGGGAUAAGGGUGUCUGCCACACAACGGCAGUGACCCUUAAAUAUUGAGAUAUUGCUCAAAUGCUGCCCUUGCGUUGAUCCUUAAUGUAAAGGGGCGUUUGGCGGCAUUCAUAGGCAUUCUUGAGUGAUUAGUUGUUCUCAUAUUUGGCAGGUCUUUCACAGCCAGUCUUAUGCCAAAAGAUGUGAUUCUAGGGAUUGAUUCAUGCGAGUUAUUUUGUGGGGAGAGGCUUCCGUGUCGGGAUGUAGGUCUAUGGGCUGCCAUGCUAGUGUUAAGCGCCUGAAAGGAUUGGGUAUGGCCUGCUCACAGCGAUCUAACCUUUGUUUCUGUAAACCGCCUGAUCUAG